AUGGGAGCUGGGGACCAUGGGAGCUGGGGACCAUGGGAGCUGGGGACCAUGGGAGCUGGGGACCAUGGGAGCUGGGGACCAUGGGAGCUGGGGACCAUGGGAGCUGGGGACCAUGGGAGCUGGGGACCAUGGGAGCUGUGGACCAUGGGAGCUGUGGACCAUGGGAGCUGGGGACCAUGGGAGCUGUGGACCAUGCGAGCUGUGAACCAUGGGAGCUGGGGACCAUGGGAGCUGUGGACCAUGGGAGCUGUGGACCAUGGGAGCUGUGGACCAUGGGAGCUGGGGACCAUGGGAGCUGUGGACCAUGGGAGCUGGGGACCAUGGGAGCUGGGGACCAUGGGAGCUGAGGACCAUGGGAGCUGGGAACCAUGGGAGCUGGGGACCAUGGGAGCUGGGGACCAUGGGAGUUGGGGACCAUGGGAGUUGGGGACCAUGGGAGCUGGGGACCAUGGGAGCUGGGAACCAUGGAAGCUGGGGACCAUGGUAGCUGGGGACCAUGGAAGUUGGGGACAAUGGGAGCUGGGAACCAUGGGACCAUGGGAGCUGGGGACCAUGGGACCAUGGGAGCUGGGGACCAUGGGACCAUGGGAGCUGGGGACCAUGGGACCAUGGGAGCUGGGGGCCAUGGGACCAUGGGAGCUGGGGGCCAUGGGACCAUGGGAGCUGGGGACCAUGGGACCAUGGGAGCUGGGAACCAUGGGACCAUGGGAGCUGGGGGCCAUGGGACCAUGGGAGCUGGGGGCCAUGGGACCAUGGGAGCUGGGGACCAUGGGACCAUGGGAGCUGGGAACCAUGGGACCAUGGGAGCUGGGGACCAUGGGACCAUGGGAGCUGGGGGCCAUGGGACCAUGGGAGCUGGGGACCAUGGGACCAUGGGAGCUGGGGACCAUGGGACCAUGGGAGCUGGGGACCAUGGGACCAUGGGAGCUGGGGGCCAUGGGACCAUGGGAGCUGGGGGCCAUGGGACCAUGGGAGCUGGGGACCAUGGGACCAUGGGAGCUGGGGACCAUGGGACCAUGGGAGCUGGGGACCAUGGGACCAUGGGAGCUGGGGGCCAUGGGACCAUGGGAGCUGGGGGCCAUGGGACCAUGGGAGCUGGGGACCAUGGGACCAUGGGAGCUGGGAACCAUGGGACCAUGGGAGCUGGGGGCCAUGGGACCAUGGGAGCUGGGGGCCAUGGGACCAUGGGAGCUGGGGACCAUGGGACCAUGGGAGCUGGGAACCAUGGGACCAUGGGAGCUGGGGGCCAUGGGACCAUGGGAGCUGGGGGCCAUGGGACCAUGGGAGCUGGGGACCAUGGGACCAUGGGAGCUGGGAACCAUGGGACCAUGGGAGCUGGGGACCAUGGGACCAUGGGAGCUGGGGGCCAUGGGACCAUGGGAGCUGGGGACCAUGGGACCAUGGGAGCUGGGGACCAUGGGACCAUGGGAGCUGGGGACCAUGGGACCAUGGGAGCUGGGGGCCAUGGGACCAUGGGAGCUGGGGGCCAUGGGACCAUGGGAGCUGGGGACCAUGGGACCAUGGGAGCUGGGGACCAUGGGACCAUGGGAGCUGGGGACCAUGGGACCAUGGGAGCUGGGGGCCAUGGGACCAUGGGAGCUGGGGGCCAUGGGACCAUGGGAGCUGGGGACCAUGGGACCAUGGGAGCUGGGAACCAUGGGACCAUGGGAGCUGGGGGCCAUGGGACCAUGGGAGCUGGGGGCCAUGGGACCAUGGGAGCUGGGGACCAUGGGACCAUGGGAGCUGGGAACCAUGGGACCAUGGGAGCUGGGAACCAUGGGACCAUGGGAGCUGGGGACCUUUCAAUAUAUACUACUGUACAUACUACUGUACAUUAAAUCGUCAAGUUCGUGA